AUGAACCCCAAUGAUUCAUUAUCAGCAACAGGAAUAGGCGCGACAACAGGGAUGUCAUUGCUCUUACCCUAUGAUGUUUACGAUCCAAAUUCUCAUCUAACAUCAGUAUCAGUAUCGGGAACUUCGAAUGCUGUCAGCACAUCACCUGUUAAUGCGGAAAUGGAUGGAUUUCCGGAGGAAGGGGGGAAAUACGAUCUUGAUACUGUGUCUGUUUUCGUCGCGAAACUCUAUCAACUGCUGGACAGCGACGAAUAUAAAGAAUACCUUACCUGGAAUGACACGGGUGACGUGUUUGUAAUAUGUAAUAUGGAUGAAUUCGCGGCAAACGUAUUACCUAAAUUUUUUAAGCAUUGUAAAUUUACGUCUUUUGUUAGGCAAUUGAAUAUUUAUGGAUUCUAUCGAGUUUCAGAUGCACGUAAAUCUAAACAUGUUCGUAGUAAACAUGCGUGCGUAUUUUCGCAUCCACAAUUCCGUCGUAAUCGACAAGACCUGUUAACAAACAUCAAACGCAAAGUAUCAAAACCGAACAAAAAAAGAGCAAGACCAACAGAGUCAUCCUCAUCUUCAGUAGUGGGAAAUAACAAUAAUAGUAUGGUCACAUCUCCGGUGGAUGGAUACGAAACAGCAGCAUCAACUGGUUUAAAACGUGGUUUUCCAGAUGACAAAUCGGAUAACAACAAUAGUACGUCGACUUCACCCGUCGAUGCUACGAUAAAUCGUUUUUUAGUCCGUGCAUCAUCUGACGCUGGAAAAGACUACAUUCCAGGUGACGGCGGUAGCAAUAAUCAUCAUCACAGCAGUGAAGCUGAUUUUCUAAUGCACGAUAAAAUCGCAAAGUUAACCGCCACCACAGAUAACCUACGUCAAGAAAUGAAGGACAUGAGCAAUUUUGUUGCUGAUCGAUUACUCCCGGAAGUUAAACGUCUUGCUGAUGAUCUAAGCAAACACCAGAGUCAUCUUGUGGCAUUAACUCAAUUGGUUACUGCUUCAUACCCCGAUGGAAAUGCUUUAUUGGAGAAUGCAUUACGUAAUUUUCAUAAUCAACAUGGAUUUUCAACGACAGACGCUUCAUCAAAUUAUAUUAUUCCAUCAAGAAAGCGUAUACGAAUAGAUACCAAUAUGGAUACUGCCGCUGCUAAUGUCGAUAUAUCAUCUGGAUCAGGUGCUACGAUAAAAAAUGAACAUACAAUUGGAACCACAUCGAUACCAUAUGGUGGAUUAUACCCGAAUAAUUCUCAUUACAGCAAGAAUCAAGGUCAUCACACGCAUGAACCGAUAACCUCAACCACAGUCCCAUCUUCUAUCACAAUAGCAUCGUCGCCUCAUGAUUCACAUCCACAUCAUUCGCAUAAUUUUGGGAGUUUCGCAGGUUCGCUCAUGACCACCGGAUAUCAUCCACAAAAUAAUCCAACAUCACCGUCCACAUCGGUUCCUACGUCCGCAUCUACAGGUUUCAAUGAUUCAUGGAAUACACCAACAGCUACAGUAAUGAUACAAGAUCCUAUUGCGAAUUCAUCAAAAAUAAAUGAUGCAAAUAAUAAUAAUAACAGUAGAGGAAACAGUCCUCAUAAUCAGUCAAAUCAUCAUAGAGAUGAUAUUAUCGGAGCUCCUUCACCUCACUCACCUGAUGCUUCACCUCCAUCAGGGAACAAUUCCCUAACGAGUAUUUAUUCUCAAACUUCAAUAUUACCAAUGAAUAUGUAUGGAGCAAGUUUCGGAACUUAUUGA